AUGUCGCCAUCUACUUUUUCAGAAUUAUCUACAGAUCACUUAUCAACAGUUGAAUCUCCAGAAACUUCAGCAACACAAGCAGGGACAGCAGCACCAUCUACAUCACCAGAAUCCACUACAGAUCAGUCAACAACAUCUAAAUCUCCAGAAACUUCGGCAGCACAAAGAGUUGAUCACUUAUCAACAACUGAAUCUCCAGUAACUUCAGCAACACCAUUAGUUACAGCAGCACCAUCUACUUCACCAGAAUCAUCUACAGAUCAGUCAUCCACAUCUGAAUUUACAGACAAUUUAUUGACAUCUGAAUCUCCAGGAACUUUAUCCACACCAUUGUUUGCACCAUCAGCUUUUACUUUUGCAGAAUCUUCUACAGAUCAGUCAACAACAUCUAAAUCUCCAGAAACUUCAGGAGCGCAAACAGUUGGCGAAACACCAUCUACUUUCUCUGAAUUAUCUACAGAUCACUUAUCAACAACUGAAACUCUAGUAACUUCAGCAACAGCAUUAGUUACAAUGUCAUUAUCUACUUCACCAGAAUCAUCUACAGAUCACUCAACAUCUGAAUCUUCAGAAACAUCAACAAAAAUGAUUACACAAUUUCUAUAUACUUCCCCAGAAUCAUCAACAUAUCACUCAACUGAAUUUCCAGAAACUUCAGCAACACAAGAAUUUACAGCAUCACAAUCUACUUCACCAGAAUCAUCUACAGAUCACUCAACAUCUCAAUCUCCAGAAACAUCAACACAAACAAUUUCCGGAUCUCCAAAUACUUCCCCACAAUCGUCAAGAUAUCACUCAUCAACAGCUGUAUCUCCAGAAACUUCAGCACCACAAGCAUUUACAGCAUCACCAUCUACAUCACCUGAAUCACGUACAGAUAACUCAACAUCUGAAUCUCCAAAAACAUCAACACAAACGAUUUCAGGAUCUCCAUAUACUUCCCCACAAUCAUCAACAUAUCACUCAUCAACACCUGAAUCUCCAGAAAUAUCAGCAACACAAGCAUGUACAGCUGCACCAUCUACUUCACCAGAAUCCUCUACAGAUCAAAACUUCAGCAACACAAGCAGUUACAGCAUCACCAUCAACUUCACCAGAAUCAUCUACAGAUCACUCAACAUCUGA